AUGGCUAAUAGUUCUAAAAAAGCUAUUGAAGAGUUUUUAAAUGAAAGUUUUGAAGAUGAAUCAGACAUAUCGAAUGUGUAUGAUUCUGAUGCCGACCCGGAAUAUCAACCAGGUGAGAAUAAUAAAAAUAUUAAUUUUGCUGGACCAUCACAAAGCUUAGAAUUAACAAGUGCAGACGAUCCAUCAGCCGAUGAAUCGUUUUCCGAAAGCUCAAGUGAUAGCAGCGAUGAUGAACCUGUUGAUAAUAGUAAUUUAUGGGUGAACCGUUAUUUAGACAUUCCAGACUUUGGUUUUAAUAGUGAUUCGAUAGGAAUAAAAUUAGAAAUUAAUGAAAGUGCUCGUGAUAAUCCAAUUGAAAUUUUUAAACAAAUUUGGACCGACGAAAUAACUGAAAUAUUUGUAUCUUCUAUUAAUAAAUAUGGUGAAAAUAUGAGUCUCCAAUGUCAUCCUCACAAUAAAGGAACUAAAAACAAACAUUCUAAGCGAAGAAUCUCUGAAGAAGUACAACAUUUUUUGGCAGUGUGUUUGCUUGGAGGUUCCAUACAAUUUUCGGUUGUUAGAGAUAUGUUCUCUAAUAACCCAUUAUAUUAUCAUCCUAUUGCUGGUCACAUUAAGCCAGGACGGAGAUUUGAGAAAUUAUGUAGAUGUUUUAGUGUAGAAUAUUCAAAUGAUACAAAUCCAUUAGUAGGCCCCAUGAAAAAACAUUAUCCAGUAUUUGACAUGUUAAUUCAAAACUUUCAAAAGUCAUAUUUUCCCGAUGAAAAUCUAUCAUCAUUGGACGAGUCAUUGUUAUUACAUCGAGGUAGAUUAGUAUGGCGACACAAUAUAAAAGGAAAAAAGGCUAAAUAUGGUAUACAAUUCUACGAACUAUGUACUCAUGAUGGUUACGUUUUGAAUGUCGAUAUGUACAAAGGCAAACAAACAUCGUCAGCAGUUGAGGAGGGAGUAUCAAAAGUUGACAAUAUCGUCUUAACCCUUAUGAAACCGUUUUUAAAUAAAGGGCACAGCCUUUACAUGGACAAUUUUUAUAAUAGUGUCACUUUAUAA